UCUUAGGCCAUUGAGACGAAAAAUAGAGAGGAAGGAGGACAAUAGAACCAGCUACGACCAGCUGCAGCAAACAGAUGACAAGAAGAGAGAGACAGCUGGCACGUGCCGUCUAUUAGUCAAACACCGUCGGGUGCUCGUGGCACGUGGCAGAUGUCCAUCCCCCAUCACCUGGACCAGAAGAACAAAUGGAAAGAAACAGCCUGCACAGCCCCUAUAAAUAGGGGAGAAACACCCGCCAAGUCAGCAUUUUCAUCUAGUCUUUCGUCAAACACGCUUCAACAUGGGACAGACAACUAGUUGUAUCUCUGGCAAAAUGGGCUGGCAAGAACCUUAUAUGCCUGCCAAAAUCAUCAGCGAAAUUGUAAACAGCGAGUAUCAGCUGAACAACGCGGUUCCUUCCGAACAGCAGAACAUUAACAGGAGACUAACGUCGCUUCUUGCUCUAAAAUGUGGAUGUUUGGAUUCUAACGGGAACGGAAAUGAUCACUCUCAAAAUUGCAAGAGUGUAAAACGUGGAAAAACCUUUAUUACUAAAAGUGAUUCCUUCAGUUACGCCAAAGAUUCGACUUUAAAAAAGUCACUUUUUAAGGAAGUGCAAUGCAAAGCUGUCAAUUUCAAUCAGAACGAAGAAUUGAAAUCAAGUAACAAAUUUCAUCCACAUUUCUCCAAGUCCGUCGAAGUGGAGAAGUGUCAAGUUUUGAUGCCUCCUCAAUCUAAUAAAGUGAUCAAAUUGGAAACAAAAUCAAGCUAUCAAGUCAACUCGCAAGAAAUGAAUCUAAACAGACAGAGGAUAUUAUGCGCAAAGACAUCCCUCUCGAGAAUUUUGGAAAGGUGUUAUCAACCUCUUCCCGAUUUAAGCGAUAAAAGCCAAAUGAUUGAAAACUGUAAAAAUGUCGUUGUCUUGCUAACCAACCACGCAGACAACAUUGCAACUAACUUUGGAUUUGCUGUAAAGGCGACAAACGAUCAAAACUGGAAAGUGGUAGAAGAAAUUACAACCAGAAUCUGCAGUUCCAUUCACACACUAGUCCAAGAUUACUGUAAAAAUGGAAGCCUGAAACAUUUCGCUUCUUUGUCAUGGAAUAAAGUGAUUUUGUGCUGUGAUAAAUUAAUGUCGAUGAUCAAUUGCAAUACAACACCUAGAGAUAAACUGAAGAAUCAAAUCACUACUCUAGGACAAGAACUGCAUUAUGUUAUGGAAUCUUUAGUCUUAUAUGAAUUACUGGUAAUAAUCGAAGAAAUGAAAGACGAAACAAAUUGUCUUCAUGCUAUGAGAGUACUUUUAGAUUUAUCAAAAAUUUCAGACUUCAUGUGCUGUUUAAUAAUUAAGUCAGGGGGCGUGCAAGCUAUGUUUGAAAUUCUAAGCCUAAACAAAAAACAAUUUAGUCAAGUGGCAUUCAGAGUUCUGACGUCAUUGUUUACAGUCGAUCCCGCCCUCUGCCAAAUUAAAACUAUACAAAAACUUCAGAAGAUUAAACAAGUUGUGUUUAAUUCGAAAAACGAAGAUGACGUUUUUCUAGAAGCCAUCGCUUUUCUGGCUCAAACAGCCGAAAGACACGACCAAAUGUUGACGUCACAGCUGUUUGAUGACGAAGAACUAUUAUUAUUUUUAAAUGAUGUCGUCAAAAAUACGAAAAACGAGAAAAUUUUGAUACUAGUCCAUAAUAUUUUCGCUAGUCUUUCUUUAAGAAGUAAUCCGUCUAGAAAAAUGCUUAUAAAAACUUCCAUAGUCAAGAAUUUAAUUUACGAAUGUUUAAAUAAACAACUGGCAACAUCACUUGCUAUAAAGGAACAGGUAGCAACAAUAUUGACCAGUGUUAUUAGUUAUAAAGAACAAAGAGAGGAGAUUAUAGACAACAAUCUUCUUUCUUUACUUCUUUCCUUCGUCGCCAUUCAACCUAAAACAAUUAACGAUCUUCAAGAGAGAAUUAUAUGUAAAAGAAUACAAGAAAAAGCGGCCAUGGCUCUAUCUCUGUUGUGUGACGAUAAAAAAUCCAUAGAUUUAUUGAUUAACAAUAAAGGCAUUCAUCAAUUAUUGUGUGUCUGUAAAAUUGAAGAAACGUCAAACAGCCAAAGCGUUGUGUUGUUAUUCUGCAUGUUAGCACUACAAAGGUUGGCUGUUUCAUGUCAGAAUUUUGUUUCUACAGAAGUCAACGAGUUUCUAUGUAAAGAAUCUUCUCUCAUUCUCAACGAAAGUUUUGUUUAAAGUUUUAAAA